UUUUUUAGUUGAUUCAAAUCAAAAUGUGCAUAACGUUUCUGCUUCUUAAAUUAAUUAUUGGUUAAUAAUUGUAGUGCGUUCUUUUUAAAACUCUCUGUUGUGAUUAAUAUGUCAUCCAGUGUCAUGUGUGUUUAAUCUAAUCUUGAAGUGAAUAGCUCAGAACAACCCUUUAUUUACUUCGGAGCCAUGGUCAUUAUGGUUACGGUUGAGGUUAAUUCAACUGGAUAUUACAAUUUCCAAGUUACUUGCCCUAUUUUACAUGCUUGACUAAUGACUACAUUAUUGAAUAACUAUUUUCAAAAUAUUUAGAGACAAUUCUUUCUUCAUCCAUACCAAAAAGUCUAAGCUAGGCCUAUAUGCCAUAUUUUAUUAUGGGUAGUAAAAUUAACAUUGAUUCAAUUUGUUUAAUAAUUUGUAUGGCACAUUUUCUAGUAAUUAGCUGAUGAGCUUAUGCUGAACUUCUAAACAAAGAAAAAUGGAUAGUGAUUCAUCUCAAGAAUUAAGUGAUGAUUGGACUUUAGCAAAGAGAUUGAAGUAUGAUGAUCCUGUUCAAUUUCACACUUUAGUUAGAAUGCACCUGUCAUUUGUUUUGGAUUUAAAUACUGACGAUUGUGAUAGCCAGCCUGAAAAGUCCAAGCUUAGGUCACUGAAAUGGAGUUUUGUACCAUUCACAAAGAAAAUAAAAACAACAGGGAAGAGUCAAGAGGGAAUGCAAUUGACAAAAGAUGGAAUGUCACAAGUAUAUCAACUUAUAGAAUACCUCAGCCAAGAUGAAAAUGUGGUUCAAGAAGGAAUAUUCAGAAGAACAGGAAAAUUAACUCGUCAACAAGAAUUGAAAUCACUACUCAACAGUGGUGCAUUGGUUGAUUUUGGUGAAAGUUUAUAUUCAGUUCAUGACUGUGCUUCGGUUCUCAAAACAAUACUAGCUGAACUGCAGGAACCUUUACUGACAGAAACUUACUUUCCAGCCUAUUGUCAAAUAGCAGACCUCUGUACGCAAAAGCCAAAUGAUGACCGUUUACUACAAGCUUUGCAACUUCUUUUCUUAUUGCUGCCCUCUGAAAACUGGAAAGUUUUAAGGGAUAUUAUGGAACUUUUGCACUUGGUCGCGAGUCAUGAGAAUGAAAAUAAGAUGUCUGCUGACAAUCUGGCAACGUUGUUCACACCACACCUGCUCUGUCCCAGGAAGCUUCAGCCGGAAGCGUUCCAUGCUACUUCACAAAUGCUAAGCAAAGUAGUGGCAUUUAUGAUAUCAGCAGGACCUGAGCUCUUCAACAUUCCUUCUUCUCUGGCUACAGAUAUUAAGAUGUACUGGGAAAGAAGAAAACGGUCUCCUGAGAACUUUCUGAAUGAAAGCAGUGCUGCAACAACAGUGUUCAGCUUUGUGGACCGAGAGAGAACUGCGCAGGAGAAUACAACCAAUCCUACAGAGGCAGCUCUCGCACAGCUGUAUGCUCACAUUCAGUCUCUCCCAGAGAGCAGCAAGAAGCGGCGACUGGUCAAACAGUUCAAUCGGGAAAAUGGCAAUGGCACACCCAACAACAACAGGGCACGUAGUAUUGGAGAUUCUAUCAAGAAACACAUUUUCAACAAAACCGUGAAGCCUGCAAGAGGCUUUUGUGAGCUUGGACAGUUGAAAAAGAGAUCUUGUAGUGAAGAGAUUCUGAAUAGUCCAGAAUCAAAAACACCAAAAUGCUUCCAAAGGUUAAAAUCUGGCAAGAGUUGUGACAAUAUUGAAGCCGAACAGUCAUCCUCGCCUCUAAAUGAAAGGAUUGUAGAAGACAUUGAUGUACCGAAGCCUAAAGUUGAACUAGAAGACAAGCCAGAUGUUUCCAUCCUCAAUUCUCCUGUUCCUAUUCCUGAAAAGGAAAACAGUCCGUUUUUCACCCCUUGUAACCCUAGUUUGAUGAAGCACCGAAAGUUGUCUGUGAGUAAAGCACCCCUCACCCCUCCAAUGACUAACCGUUACUCUGCUCUACUAACUAGCACGCCUGCCUGUAACAAUUGUCUUCUCUCUCCCUCCCCUAAUGACAUGAGUCCUAUCACUCUCUCAACUCAGCGGAUGUCAAAAGCCAUGCAGGAGACAAUGAUGACUCCUCGUAGUCGCAAGCCUGUGGUUGCUGUCUCCGCCUCAAACAUCUGUCACUUGGCCAACCUCACCUGGGGACUCAAGGAUGACCCUUCCUGGGACCAGGAUGACAGUGAUACGGGAGAGUCACUGGCUGGAGCCUUCAAGGAGUAUCUGUCCAGUCGCAGUGUGUUGACAGCCAGUCCUGUGGACCUAAGCUUCUCUAGCAGAACUGGAGAUUACGACCCUUCCUCUGAGGGGAGACUUGAAGACUUAUCACAUGAUGAAAUCCCUCACUCCCCGCUCAGCGAAUCUCUGCUCUACGUUCUCGAUGGAAACCUUCCUAAUGAGUCAUCGGAUUCCUCCGGUUAUAUUGAUGGACGACACAGGAAACGUGGAGCGGAGGUGAGCGGAUUCAUACCAAACAAACGCUUCGGUCCUGAAAUGUCUGGAGAAAGCAGUGGACUAGGGACAGAGAACUCCAAAGAGACUCCACAUGAAACUAGUUUAUAGCAGUUACAUAUAUAAAGUCUUGUAUUUGUGGAAACUUAUAGAAUACACAGAGUAAUCCCAAAGGUAAUUUUAAGCAAUUAACUACUGUCUCUGACUUUUGUAAAUAGUUAUGUGCCAUAAAGUAUUAUGGGUUAUUUAAUAAUGUAUAUUAUAGGAAAUUUCAAUUAUUGAAUAAAACAUGUAUAACAGAUGUGUCAUUAUAUCUUAUAGUUUGAGGUAUAGUAUUACUAAACUAUGUAAAUAUGUUACAUAAUAUCUCAAGGAGUAUUAUAACUGUUGCUUUAAAACAUUUUACAAUGACAUUACAGUUUGACAAUAAAUUUUAACUGUG